GGCCAUUCUAAUAUGUAUCGACAGUAUCGUGGAGAACACAGGGAUUGGGAAUCUGCAAUGCAGCUUGCAAGCCCAAAAUGGCCCUUUAAUGAAACACAACAGAGACAGCAGAGCCCAUCUAGCUCCACUUCACUGCCUUCCUUGAGAACGACGUCUCUGAAAAUCUGAAGUUCUAAAUUAAUAUCGAGCUUUGGGGUUUUUGACUUUUAGGUUCGUGAUCGAAUGAUCGUUUUCUGAAACUGAAAAGAGCGACAGAAAAUACUUAAAGAACAAUGGAUGCGUAUGCAUGGCAUAAAGUAGCUGCGCUUUCUGGAGUUGCAGCACUUGGGUUGGGUACUUAUGGCGCCCAUGUCUUUAAACCCCAGAAUCCUGCUUACAAGGAGGUAUGGCAAACAGCAUCUUUAUACCAUCUGGUUCACACUGCAGCUCUUCUUGCUGCCCCUAUCACCAAAAAUCCCCACAUUUUUGGGGGCCUUUUGACAACUGGAAUUCUUGCUUUCUCUGGGACGUGUUAUUCUGUGGCAUUGCUUGAAGACAGAAAGUAUGCAACCUUGGCUCCAUUUGGUGGAUUUGCAUUUAUUGCUGCUUGGGCAAGCUUACUCUUCUAAUUCUAGGGGUGACUGGCCAAAACUGUGGUGCAUCAUUUCUUCAUGACUUGGAUCAUUCAUCUCUUUGUGGAAUUUUAUAAUUGAAUUGCUGUAUUUUUCUUUGAUUCCAUGUAUAUUAGUCUCUGAAUUUGUAUUAUAUGAAUAUGAUGAAUUCAUCAUUCAUCUAGUUGAAACCAAUUAACCAAAGAAGUGCUGAUGCUCAUUUGAUAAGGGAAUUAUUUGGAGACUUUUCUAUUCUUGAAA